UAAUAUAGGCAAUACGUUAUUUUGUAAUCUGUGACCGUUGCCCGGGCAAUUUGAAUACAAAGUAGGUAGGUAACUACAUGGUUUUCGUAUAUUAUAAACUUAAUAAAAAAGCAUUAAAUAGAUAAUAAAAAUGGAAAAACCAGAUUCUCAAGGAUUUGUUAAUAUAACGUGGCCCAGUAAAACAGUUCCCCAUGGUGGUAUAUUUCAUUCUAGAAUUGUGGAACCUUCAGCUGACAAAGAACAAUUAUUAAAAGUGCUUUUGGAAGAAUCUAAACUUACUAUCGCCCAGCGACGAAAAAGUGCGUAUACUCUAAGACAAGAUGACCAGAAACCAGACCGUCAGCAGUCUAUGCGAGAACAAAUGCCGCUAGUGCGCCCGCGUACUUCCCGCCGACGCUCUCUCUCUACUAUUAGAGAAUCUGGGAUUUUUGACAUAGAGCCAUAUUGUCCAUUAAAACGCGGUGAAGAUCGGGAGAGGUUAAAGGAGAAAUUGGCAAAUUUCAUGGAGCACGGUGAAGCACCAGUGCAACAACUGCCUCCUGCGCCUCGACCCGUGAAAGUAACUCCCAAGUUACCCACCAAUAAAGAAAAAUGGAACGAUCUCGUUACCCAAAUUCGGGAGCGGACUGAGUGGCUUACUGAAAUGGAGUAUCUGGGUGAGGCGGGACCACAUAGGGAUAUUAUAAACGAUCAGAUAGCAGAAAGGAUGCGUGCCCUGGAUGCCUUAAACUUGGACGAAUGUAUCACCAACAGAUCUACUGAUUCAGGAUUCAGUACAGUGAGAAGCAGGGAGAAACAAAUGAGUGCUAGAAGUAACGGAAGUGUGGCAAAAUCUGUGUCCUCAACACAUUCUAUUAAGCUGUCAAAGAAGGCCGGGCAAUCUUCGGCAGUAAGACGUAAACCUAUUGAAGAAAAUAUUUCAGCAUAUGGACAAUUAUCCCCACUACAGUACUCGCCAAGGCGUCGCGUAUAACAAUAGUGUAGGGAAAACUUUGCUAAUUAUCUUUUAAAUUUUAUAAAUCCUUGCACAUAUAUUAGUAUAAUAUAUUUACAGGAACAUUUACAUUUUAUACUUAUAUAUUUAACUUAGAAAUUACUGUAUGUUAUGCUCAUGAGUGUAUAUUUUUUAUGUGCAAUAAAUCUUCAUUAUUUUACUAUUAUUAUUAUUUACAGGAAAUUAUAGUAAACUCACACCUACCAACAUUUUCUGUUCUAAAUAACAUAAUAUGAAUAUGAAAAUUAUAUUUUAAAUAAAGCAUUUUUGUGUGAU